AUGUCUCGAAAGCGCGAUGACGGGAUGUUCACGAAACCAAUCCUGGACAACACGACUGAUGCUUCAGAAUCAGUAUGGACUGGGAAUGGUAUAUGGCCUUUAUGCACCAUGAACACGUCUCACAGUUUGCGAGGAGCUAUCGUCACUCUUCAUAACGACGGAGUGAAUAUAAAGAAAUUCAAAAGAGCAAGUGACAAGUUAACUGGGUCAUUUCUAACUGCUACACGCCUCUUCCUUAUUUCCCUCCGUGUUGGGAGUCGUUCGAGAAUUGCUACAACAUUCCCAACACCUCCUGGGAAUUUCCUUGGUCGUAACAAUACAAAGAAAAUAUAUGUUCAUAGUUAUGUAUACCAGAGUUCUGCAGGAGAGCUGAGUGAACCCUUAAGAGCGAGCAGGUAUAGGACAGAAGUGUUCGAGCAUGAUGAUAGUGACAGUGAUGGUGAGGAUGGUAGUCUCGAUGGUGAUAGCGGAUACGCUGUUGUUUUCCACGUGUCCAAGGGACCCUUCCUCGAGGAAUUCCUACAGUGUGUCACCUACGGCUUCUACACAGCGGUAUGGCAGGAACAGCUGUACACGACCUUCAGUCUCGUGUGCAUGUUCAUCCUGCCGCUGUUCAUUCUCACUAUGACUUAUGCGUCGACGUUCAUCACGUUGCAAAAGAGCGAGCGCAUCUUCCGCAACGAAAGGACGACCUUAGGCAACACCUGCCCCGAGUUCAACCGAAGACGACUCCUGAGGAAGGCGAAGAUGAGGGCGCUGAGGAUCUCCGUGGUCAUCGUCCUCGCCUUCGUCAUCUGCUGGACGCCCUACUACAUCUCGAUGGUCAUCUACAUCUUCACGGACCCGACAGAACACUUAUCCCAAGAGCUCCAAUCAGGCAUCUUCUUCUUCGGGAUGUCCAACAGCCUCAUCAACCCGAUCAUUUACGGUGCCUUCCACCUCUGCCGUUGCAAGAAUAGACGGGCGUCGUUCAAUCUCAUCAUUAUAAACAGAAAUGGGUCAAACCUCCAAUACCAGACAAGUGGAAAGAACAUCACUCCAUCCACAACGUGUAGGACCUCCGCCACGGACGCCAUCACCUCCGUCGUCAACGUCUUCGAGGACGGGGUCCGCUACUCGUUCCGGCGGCACUCUAACCGCCAGAGGUCUAUCAACUCCGGCCGGAGAGGCUCCUUCGUGUCUUCGGGCGGCGACGGGCCCUCGAGGAUGCCCAUGAACUACGACCGCCUCCCGAAGGGCCCCGUGAGGCAGCGUCAGAGUCCGAAGUCGUUCCUGAGCUACGUGCCGAAGGACAGCAUGAACGCCCUCACCAAGUGCGUGGCAGAGGAGCAGGAGGAGGCCCGGCAGGAGUGCGAGUGGGACGACUGGCGGAGCCACGAGGACCGAAGGAGCGUCGCCAGCAACGGCAGGAUGAACUCCGUCCACUCGUGGCCGCAGCCGAGCUCCAGGCUCCUCCAACCUGAGGUCGUCAAGGACCCUAGGAGGCUUGGUGCCAGCCCGGAGUGCCCGUGCAACAGCUACACUCAGCGUCAGUCUGACACCAUGCUGUAGUGUCAAAAGCUCAGUAGACUCAUAGCGUGUCAAGAUCGCGGCCACUGUGCUGUAACAUUCCAUAGAGACUGUGAAGUCUGGUGUCACGCUCAAUAUCAUCAUGAUUAAAAAUGCCUCGCUCACUACCGUCGCCAUGCAGGGGGCGCGCUCACAGGCGUUAUGGUGUGUCGCUGUCAGUCACCACAGUGCAUAGUGCCGCUCUCGCUAAGAUCAAGGUGCAAAAAGAUCCUCUCACGGACAGCAAAAUUAAUGGACCGUGUGCAGAAUACAUUGAUGAAAUUAAUAGUGUCGAGAGAGUAAAUAUUACAGUUGGUUAUACAUUGCUAUACACAGCCAAAAUGCAUCACGUAAAUAGCCAGAUCUGUAGCACCUUAAUAUCAGAGACAAUGAUUCACAGUCUAACGUUUCGCAAGGAAUCACUCGGUGCCAUCCGAUGGAGCACCAGUGCCAAAAUCACUGACUGGGACCAAAGCUGUCUAAUUUUAACAAGAAUACUGUGUUUCUGUCAUAAAUAUAUUCACAUGUGCAAUGUAACUUAGUUUAUGAAUUGUACUGGAAACAUCAAAUACAGUGUGAUGCUAAGAAUACACUGAUAGGUGUGUGGAUGUUUAGAUACAUGUUCAUACACCAUAAGCUUUUACAAACACAAAGUAAUAAUUUUCUAUUUUGUAAUUUAUACACAUACACAUAAAUAUUCCUAAUAUAUACAAACAUAUACAUAUCUAUAUAUAUACAUAUAUAUACAUAUGCACAUAAGUAGGUUGUGUGAACGUAUGUACACAGUAUAUACCAAACUACAUACAACUGAAG